GAGAUCCAAGGGCGGACAGGGACUGGGGGGAGGAGAGAAAACACACUGCCAUCUCUCCUCCUACUCUGUGAGAGCUGAUCUGAAGGUGGAGGACGUGAGACGACAGGAUCCAGGAGACACCAGAGACCAGGGACAGAGAGCGGGUCGUGGAGCUGCUGAGACAAACGCACACAGACCAUGAGAAAAAACAUACCAACAGACAAACAAACCACCAGGAGAAUCAGAACCAGAACCGGAGACUAACCCUGAGAGGAGGACGGCAGCGGAGCAGAGAGGACACUGGAGUGUGGAGAACACCUGAGAUUUAUGGUUCCUGCUGCUUCUGCUGCUGGGACUGCAAUCUUCACAGCUUGUUUUUCCCUCCACUCUUCCUCUGUGCUCAAACACGCUCCCUCCGUCUCCUGCUCUCUGUGUGCGGAGCUGUUCUCUCUUUCUCUCUCAGCCUGGUUUCUACAGUCUCUCCACGCUUCGCUGCACACAGUCGCUGAGAAAACAAGAACUGAGCUCUAUCACAUCCCAGGACCAUGAGCAGCGAGGCCAAGAAAGGUGAGCUGGCCAUCAGGGACAAAGCCAUCCUGCACCAGCAGAGGCGUCUGAAACAGGCCACGCAGUUCACCCACAAGGACUCGGCCGAUCUGCUGCCCCUGGACGGACUCAAGAGACUGGGGACCUCCAAAGACCUGCAACCUCACAGCAUCGUGCAGCGCCGCCUGCUGGAGGGAAACAUCACGCGGCUGAGAGGGGAGGCUCGAGACAUCAACGCCAGAGUCCGAUCUCCACUGGCCGACGCCAAGGACGGAGCAGGGGACGCGGAGGAGAGAAGUGAGAGCACAGCGGAGGACUCCACGGAGGAGAGGGAAUCUCUGGAGGAGAGCGAGAAGAGUCUACGAUCGGACGAGGACGACGACUGUACAGAGGGCGGGGCUAGAUGGACACAGAGCUCCGCCCUCCGCACAGCUCUGGUUGUUCAGUGCAAGUGUUGUGAGACCGAGGUCAAAGCCUCCAUCAACACCGGCAACCAACACAACCACAUCUCCAGCUCCUGUUGCCACAGGCUGGGACUGGUGCCAGUUCAGGACAGUUCUCAGUGUGGUGUUAGCAGCUCAGUGUCAGGUCUGAAGCUGCAGCUGGGGAGACAAACACUGCAGUGUUCAGCAUAUGUCAAAGAAGAUGAAGCCUUCGAUUUGUGUCUGGGUCUGCAGACACUUUUGGAACUUAAGUGCUGCUUGGACCUGGACCGUCUGGUCCUGAAGGUGCAGGAUUGUGACGAGGAGCUUCCUUUCCUGAACCCUCCUGCCGCCGACAGCCAGUGCCAACACGACACCAACGAGAACCUGUGAGCUUGACACUAGCAUCUUUAAAUCCUGACCUCUGUGGUGGUAGCAGUGCGGCGCGGUGCCGUUAGCGUCUGGGUCGUCCGUGACCGGAGUCUUCAGGCUGCUGGGUCAGAGCACGGAGAAGAAUUUACUGGUGUUUUUGAGUUUGUUGUGUUUGUAGGAUUUCGACACUCACCGUUAUAAUCUCUCGUAUUGACUUAGUCUAAUCUAAUCUGAGUCUAAUUAUUAAUAAACAGAUUUUUCUGAGGAACACUGAGAUCAGGGAAAGUUACGGGAUGAUUUGUUCUAAUGGAUUAUUCUUCUAAAAUCAGCUCUUCUGAAUCUCCGCCCCCAAAUAAUAAAACAGCGUUAGUCAGAGAUGAUAAUGAGUCAGAGUCAGUGACAGAAAUAUGAAAAACAUUCCAUUCGCAUGACUUUUAAACUUCUGUUUUCUACCUGUCAGCAUGUCGGUGUGUUUCAGUCUGAUUGUGCACCGUAGAAGGUCAGAAGAAGCUGGAAGAUAAAUGUGUGUGUGUGUGUGUUUUGGUGUGCAUGAUCUGUUUGAAUUUAAGGGUCAACAUUGGAGACCCUCACCAAUCAGGACAAGCUGCCAAAAGUUAAUCUGAACUGCCUUUCCUCUGCUUCUAACAGGACAUUUUAGCUUCUUGGCUAAAGCUACGCUCUAGGUCAAGGCUUUUCUUUAAGCUAACCCUAAACCUCACACAGAGAGUGGUCUAAUUUACCCGUUAGUGACCUUUGUUUUGUCAUGUUUGAUGAUUUUCCUGUUGCCUAACAAAAUAAGGACCACCUUACUACAGCGCCACCUGUCUCUACAAGCACCUGUCAUACAAGUAUGGUUCAUAAAAUGUUCUGGUUCCUCGAGCAGGUACUGCAGUUCCGGCUUGGAAACGUUUCUCCUCGUUGUACUCGUGACCUUCCCGUAAAACAGAAGUUCGUGUGACAGAAGAUUAUUUUUGGUGUUUCCCUAAUUCUUCUGAACAGUAUUUUCUCUGUCUAAUAAAAAUAUGUAUUCUGGCUA